ACAUUGGUAGGCUCUUUUAUUUUACAGCAAAAAGGAAAAAUUAGCAUAAAUACUUAACUACCGCCUCAUUAAUAGAGUCCCACUUCUACACUUUCUUAUCAACUAAUUCUUAUAAAUACAUCAAUUUAUAACAACCUUACAUAUUUUACUAACCCUUCUUCUUCUUCUUCUUCUUUCUCCUUAUAUAUACUAACAUAUUUUGCCUAAUAACAAAUCUACAUAGCCAUGGAUUGGUCCUCAUGGCUAUCCAAAACCAGCCUAGAACCACAUCUAGUCCACAAAUACAGCCUCUGUUUCACCCAAAACGAGCUUCAAUUCGAAGACAUAGCAUCCUUAAACCAUGAGUGUCUUCAAAGCAUGGGCAUAGUCGUGGCCAAACACAGGCUUGAGAUUCUCAAGCUAGCCAAGAAGGAAAGUAGUAAUAAUGGGGCCAACCCCAGAUCCAUUUCAAGGCUUUUUGUAGCUAUAAGUAAGACCAAGAAGUCGUUUAGCAAGUAUUUUAGUCGUUUGGUUGUUCAUGAUGACAUGCCGUCUAAGGGUUCGCCUGAGCGAGUGAGGUACCACCACCAACACCACCAUUAUCAGUACCAAGAGCAGUUGAAAGGAGCUUUUUUGAGAAAACAGAACAGUGGUGAGAUUGUCAGAGAUGACAGGCCCGCACUCAAGAAGGCUUUAGCUCUUUCAGGGCCCAUUGAUUUAAGGAUCCAUGAUCGGUUGAUGGCCCAUAAUAAUGCUACUAAGAGUUUGAAGCUUUCUGGGCCUUUAGAUGGUAAGCUUAAUGAGAGGUUGAUGUACCCGAAUAAAAGCCCAAGAUUGAUGACUGGGCCGCCUGAUGGCAAAAUUCUUGGGACGGAGAGGUUGAUGAUCAUGACGACUAGAAGCCCACGAUUGUCUGGGCCUUUGGAUGGAAUGGGCCAAGAUAGGUUACUGGUUGCAAAUAAAACCCCAAAGUUAUCUGGGCCUGUAGAUGGCAGGCCUCCAAGCCCAAAGUUCUGUUGCCCAUAUGAGAAGGAAAAGGAGGAAGUUGAGUAUGAUGAACAUUCACUUUGGCCUGCACUGUUCCAAGACAUGAAACCUACUUAGAAAGAUUUUCCAGGUCUCUUUUCAAAGGUUUGAGAUUGAAUUAGAUAUAAUUAUGUAUAACUUUCAGACUUGUUUUUACUUCAUAGAUAAAUAUAAUUUACAGUGCCACUUGUGUUUGACCUUUUUUUUAUGCAUAAAUAAAUAUUUUGGGGGUGUCAUUAGAAGUUUCCUGAUACAUAUAGUGUAUGCAUUUAUGUAUUUCCCUUGUAUUUUUUGCAAACUUGGGGCUUUGUCUAUUAAUACUGUUAAAUAUUGAGGCA